AUGCGACAGACAGUCGGUGUGUUGGUGGGCAGAUGUGCACGAUGGUCAAUGGGGGCCGGCGGUCGGAUUGCGUACCGUGGAAAUGGUAGCCGGGAAUGGUUGAUGUUACGCCAGUUGCAUCGAUUAGCGCAGCCUACUAUUGAGAGUCAGCAUGCCAGCAAGAAUCGUCCUUUUGCUACACUGGCAAGUAAGGCGAAGAAGGAGAAACAGAAGAAUGCUGCAGCGGAAAAAGCAGCAGCCGCCGAACCCGUCCAGGCUGGUCAGGCUUCGAAUGCCGGUGAAGCAUCCAAAGAUGGGCCGGAAUUCAUUGAUCACCGGAUCAAGAUUUAUGAUGAGCUGAUGGCUCAGUACAAGGAGGAACUGGAGAAGAAAGAGAAGACUCCCAUCAAGGUUACGCUACCUGAUGGCAAGCAGGUGGAUGGAUUAAGCUGGCAAACAACACCGUACGACGUGGCUAGAGGAAUCAGCCAGGGAUUGGCGGAUAAUACCGUGAUUUCGCGCGUAAACAACGAACUGUGGGAUCUAGACCGUCCGCUCGAGGGUGACUGUAAGCUGCAGCUGCUCAAGUUCGACGAUCCUGACGCGCAAGCCGUAUUCUGGCACAGUUCGGCCCACAUACUGGGAGAAGCGAUGGAAAAACGUUACGGUGGUCAUCUUUGUUACGGACCACCGAUCGAGAACGGGUUCUACUACGAUAUGUUCCUGGAGGGUAGUGGAAUUUCUAACCAGGAUUACGGUACGCUGGAAUCGGAGGUUAAGCGCAUCGUUAAGGAGAAACAACCAUUUGAGCGGCUGGUAAUGAAGAAAGCCGACCUUUUGCGCAUGUUCGAGUACAACCAGUUUAAGGUGCGUAUUUUGAACGAGAAAGUAACGACCGACACGACAACGGUUUACCGGUGUGGUCCCUUAAUUGAUCUGUGCCGUGGACCGCAUGUACGAAACACGGGCAAGGUGAAGGCGCUAAAGGUGGUGAAGAAUUCGGCCACCUACUGGGAGGGUAAGGCGGAUGCGGAAACACUGCAGCGCGUAUACGGUAUUUCGUUCCCUGAUCCGAAGCAACUGAAGGAAUGGGAAAAAAUUCAGGAAGAGGCGGCCAAACGUGACCAUCGGAAGUUGGGCAAGGAACAGGAACUGUUCUUCUUCCACGAACUGUCACCCGGGUCGUGCUUUUUCCAACCGAAAGGUGCCCACAUCUACAACACGCUGAUGGGAUUCAUUCGGAGCGAGUACCGUAAGCGUGGCUUCCAGGAAGUUAUUUCACCGAACAUUUACAACGCGAAACUGUGGCAAACGUCCGGUCACUGGCAGCACUACGCGGAGAACAUGUUUUCUUUUGAGAGCGAAAAGGAAACGUUCGCGCUGAAGCCAAUGAACUGUCCGGGACAUUGUUUAAUGUUUGACCAUCGGAACCGAUCGUGGCGUGAGUUGCCACUGCGUAUGGCGGAUUUUGGUGUGCUUCAUCGCAACGAGCUGUCCGGCGCACUAACCGGAUUGACGCGUGUACGGCGGUUCCAGCAGGAUGAUGCACAUAUCUUCUGUAUGCCGGAACAAAUUCGUGAAGAAAUUACCGGCUGUUUGGACUUUUUGCGACACGUGUACACGGUCUUUGGAUUUACCUUCAAUUUGGUUCUCUCGACACGGCCCGAGAAGUAUCUGGGUGAGAUUGAGGUGUGGAACGAGGCGGAAAAAGCACUUGCCGAUUCGCUCGAUAAGUUUGGAGAACCGUGGAAAGAAAAUCCGGGCGAUGGUGCGUUCUACGGGCCAAAGAUUGACAUUACGAUUAUGGAUGCGCUCAAGCGAAACCACCAAUGUGCUACGAUCCAGCUCGAUUUCCAAUUGCCGAUUCGGUUCAACCUGAAUUACAUCGACGACAAUGGCGAAAAGAAGCGGCCGGUCAUUAUUCAUCGUGCGGUGCUAGGCUCGGUGGAACGUAUGAUUGCCAUUCUGACGGAAAACUAUGCCGGGAAGUGGCCGUUCUGGUUGUCCCCUCGGCAGGUAAUGGUGGUCCCGGUAGGACCGGCGUACGAUGAUUAUGCAGACAAAGUGCGACAGCGAUUGCACGAGGCCGGGUUCAUGGUUGAGGCCGAUCUGGAUGCGGGUGAUACUAUGAACAAGAAAAUUCGCAACGCACAACUGGCACAGUUCAACUUUAUAUUGGUGGUUGGCGAGAAAGAACGAGGCUCGGAAACGGUAAAUGUGCGCACACGCGACAACAAGGUCCAUGGAGAGGUGUCAGUGGACGAUUUGGUAACAAAGCUAUCCAAGCUGCGUGACGAGUAUGCUCGCGGAGAAGAUCAGUUUUAA